AGGGAGGGAGUAGGAGAGAAGAGACCUGCCAGGGAGCUCACAGGAGCAGUGCAGGGAGGUUUUGCUGUUUACAGAUUCUUAGGCCAACAAAAGUACCUACAUCAUUUUCUGUCUGGACAACAUACUCAGAGAGAGAACACAGAAGCAAAAGUUCAAGAUAAGCAUUUCCUGCGGUCAAGUGGAUAAGAGCAGCCUGCAGCCAUGGGACAGGCCCUGGGUAUCAAGAGCUGCAACUUCCAGGUGGCAAGAAACAAUGAGGAGCACCACACCAAAGCCAUCAGCUCCCGGCGACUCGUCGUGAGGAGGGGGCAGCCUUUCUCCAUCACCCUGCACUUCCACGCUCCAGUCCAGGCAUUUCUGCCUGCCCUGAAGAAGGUGAAGCUCAUUGCACAGACCGGAGAGCAGCCUUCCAAGACCAACGGGACCCAAGCCACAUUCCCCAUUUCCAGUGUGGGGGACCAAAAGUGGUGGAAUGCAGUGGUGACGGAAAGAGAUGCCCAGUCCUGGACCAUCUGUGUGACCACACCUGCGGACGCUGUCAUUGGCCACUACUCACUCCUGCUGGACGUGUCAGGCGAGGAACGCAUCCUGGGCAAGUUCACGCUGCUCUUUAACCCCUGGAGUAGAGAGGAUGCCGUGUUCCUGGGGAAUGAGGCUCAGCGCUCGGAAUACUUGUUGAACCAGAACGGUCUCAUCUACCUGGGUACCGCUGACUGCAUCCAGGCAGAGUCUUGGGACUUUGGCCAGUUGGAGGGGGAUGUCAUCGACCUCAGCCUGGACUUGCUGAGUGUGGACAAGAAAGUGGCAGAAUGGAACCAGCCCGAGCAUGUGGCCUGUGUGUUGGGUGCCCUGCUGCGUGCUCUCAAGGAGCAGUAUGUCCUGCCCAUGCCGCACACCCAGGAUGCCCAGGAACAGGCCCUGCUGAACAAGCGCCGGGGCAGCGUGCCCAUCCUGCGGCAGUGGCUCACUGGCCAAGGGCGCCCCGUGUACGAUGGGCAGGCCUGGGUGCUGGCCGCUGUUACUUGCACAGUACUUCGAUGCCUGGGGAUCCCUGCGCGUGUUGUGACCACAUUUGGCUCAGUGCAGGGCACCCGUGGGGGUCUGCUGGUGGAUGAGUACUACAGUGAGGAGGGGCUUCAGAACGGACAAGGCCAGAGAGGCAGAAUCUGGAUCUUCCAGACUUCCACAGAGUGCUGGAUGGCCCGGCCUGCUUUGCCCCAGGGUUAUGACGGAUGGCAGAUUCUGCACCCAAGUGCUCCUAGUGAAAGAGGAGUCCCGGGGUUCUGCGAUCUGGUCCCAGUCAGAGCAGUCAAGGAGGGGACCCUGGGGCUGACCCCUGCAGUGUCAGACCUUUUUGCCUCGGUAAAUGCCUCAUGUGUGGUCUGGAAGAGCUGUGAGGAUGGGACCCUGGAGCUGACCGACUCCAGCACAAAGUAUGUUGGCAACAACAUCAGCACCAAGGGUGUGGGCAGUGACCGCUGUGAGGACAUCACUUGGAACUACAAGUAUCCUGAAGGAUCUCUUCAAGAAAUAGAGGUGAUGGAGAGAGUCCAGAAAGAGAGAAUGGAACACGGGAAAGACAAUGACAUCCAUCCUCCCAGUCUUGAGUCUGCUGAUCCUUUCUUCCUGUUUUUGGAAGCACCCAGCUCUCUACUCCUGAGAGGGGAUGCCCAGCUCUCAGUGACCCUGGUUAACCCCAGCAACCGGGAGAAGGUGGUGCAGCUGGCACUUGGGGUCCAGGCUGUGUACUACAACAGCGUCCUUGCUGCCAAGCUCUGGAGGGAGAACCUGUCCCUCAGGCUCAGCGCCAACCUAGUUCAGAGAAUAACCACCAGCCUGUCCUUCUCCUUAUUCGAGCAAAACCCACCUGAGAACAGUUUCCUCAGACUCACCGCCAUGGCAACACACUCUGAGUCCAGGUUUAGCUGCUUUGCUCAGGAAGACAUUGCCAUUUGUAAACCACACCUUGCUAUCGAGAUGCCAGAGAAAGCUGAACAGUAUCAACCUCUUAUGGCCUCAGUCAGCAUCCACAACUCCCUGGAUGCCCCCAUGAAGGACUGUGUAAUCUCAAUCCGUGGAAGAGGGCUCGUUUACAGGGAGAGGAGCUACAGAUUAAAUUCAGUGCAGCCUGGAAACACUGUGUGCACCCAGGUCCAGUUCACACCGACGCAUGUGGGAGUUCAGAGGCUCACUGUGGAAUUGGACUGCAACAUGUUUCAGAACCUUACCUGCUAUAAAAGUGUUACUGUGAUAGCCCCUGAACUUCCAGCUUAAACUUCCAGCUCUAUCAUUACUCUCCCCAACCAACCCUUGAAGUUAUUAUCUAAAACCAAACAUGGGCUAGGACGAGAAGCUGUGUCUCUGUCCCUUUGUGUUGCUAUAGGUGAAUACCUGAGGCAGGGUAGUUUAUAAAGAAGAGAUUGAUUUGGCUCACAGUUCUGCAGGCUGUACAAGAAGCACAGUACUACAUCUGCUUAUGGUGGAAGAUGAAGGAGAGCCAGUGUGUACAGAGAUCACAUGUAAGAAAAGAAAAAGAGAGAAAGGGGACAGGUGCCAGGCUCUUUUCAACAACCAGCUCAUUACCACAGAGGCACCAGGCCCUUUCAUGAGGGAUCUGCCUCCAUGACCCAAAUACUCCCAGUAGGCUCCACCUCCAACAUUAGGAAUCAGAUUCCAACAUGAUAUUUAGAGGGUCAAAUAUCCAAACUGUAACAGUUCACUUAUCAAACAAGUGAGUCUCCAUUCAGGUUGAGCAGAAGAGUGAGUAAGAACAAAACUAGAUUCCCAGAAAUCAAGAUAAGGCAUUUAUUUAUGUCAACUCAGCUUAAGGAUGCCAUGAAGACUAGCUGUCUUAAAGGACUGAGAGACAAAAAAAAGGCUUUGAAAAGGUAUGAGAAGGAAGGGGGAGGAAAGAAUGGGUAAAAUCACACCUAACGGAUACAACGUACAUUACAGGGUAAUGGGGACAUUUAUAACUUCAACUCAAACUGUACAAAAACAAUUCAUGUAGCCAAAACAUUUGUACCCCCAUUCUGAAAAUUUUUAAAAAGGUAUCAGAUACUUUAAAAGUACAGAUUGUUAGAAAAGAUAUUCAGAUGCUUUUUCAGAGUAUGGUCAGAUUUGGGGGGUUCAGGGGUUUUCACAACCAUUUUACUGCUCAUUCACACAUUCACUAUCUUCUAAGGGAAAGACCUAACAUUUACAUCAUUCUUAUAUUUAUGAUAAAGUGGGACAGUAUUAGCCAAAAAUGAAUUUGUAGCUAAUCCUAAAACUACCUUGAUCAGUGCUAUUCCAGACUAUUAUCUUUUAAGAUCCAAAAUAGGGCCAAGCAUGGAGGCUCAUGCCUGUAAUUCUAGCACUGUGGAGCUCACGAGUUUGAGACCAGCCCGAGGCAAGAGCAAGACCCUGUCUCUAAAAAAAUAGCUAGAUGUUGUGGAGGGCGCCUGUAGUCCCAGCUACUCAGGAAGCUGAAGCAAGAGAAUCACUUGAGCCCAAGAAUUUGAGGUUGCUGUGAGCUGUGACCCCACAGCACUCUACUAAGGGCGACAAAGUUAAGACUCUGUCUAAAAAAAAAAAAGAUCCAAAAACUGACUAAACACAUUUAUAAAAUAUACAACACUGAACCUGAUAACAGAAAUAUUCAGUUAUAGAUAAAUCUUUAUUAGAGCUCUAAAUUCAUUAAGUACCUCACAAUUAAAGCCUGAUAGUAACAACAUGAAUUUUGUCCAGUAAAGUAAAAUAAAAAUUAAGUAUAUUAAAAAAAGUUGGCUCUGUAAGAAAGUAAAAAAGAACUGGACUCCUUUUGUACAAAGCUACUUUUUUUAUGUUAUUCUGGUGCUUUGGAAUGCUUAUCAAUUUGAUUUUAGUUCCUUCUCUUUAUAAUACUGGCUAAAAGUAUAGAAUGGCACUUUAAAAAAGCAAAUUAAAACUCACUUAAGGAAUUUCAACCCCAAGAAUACACUAAUCACUCAAAAGAAUACCUGCUGUUGUAGAUUAUACCUAAAGAGAUGAGAAAGGCAGAUGUGGUGAACUCCAGCCAGAGAAGGAAGAGGCCUGCCACUGGAGAUGGUGGAGACCUAUAUACAUAUACAAGGCUCAGUUCAGGUCACCGGACUAUACAGCCCUACAGGUUUACCCUGCUUUCCAAGAUUUAAUCUUCAAACCAGACUGAUGUAAAAAUAUAAGUAAAUGGUGCUGGUUUUGCAAAAGGGUUAACUUAAAAAAUCCUGAAAUUUAUAUAAAGUCUUAUACAUUGUCUUCUUUGAUUUAUAAAAAUUUGAUAUUUAUAUUCGGGGACACAUGUAACAGGACAAUACAAGUAUUACAAGUAUGUUGGUGGGAUUACACCUGCGGUGCACCUUACAAGGGUAUAUGUGAAACUUAGUAAAUGUAGAAUGUAAAUGUCUUAACACAAUAACUAAGAAAAUGCCAGGAAGGCUAUGUUAACCAGUGUGAUGAAAAUACGUCUAACGGUCUAUUAAACCAGUGUAUGGUGUCCCAUGAUCGCAUUAAUGUACACAGCUAUGAUUUAAUAAAAAAAAAGUAUGUAUAAGGAAAACAAAUCUGCUCAAUAAGGUAGACAAACCUACAACUGAGCUCAAUACCAAUAUAUUUUAGAGGCAUGGAGUAAUGAGUGACCUGGCAUAAUAUUCAGAGGGACUUACUGAUAAGAAUAGUAUUAUGUAACAUGGUGAAGUCCUAAGUGGAGCUUUGGAG